AUGAAGGAAGCUUUCAAUGUGUUUGAUCAGAACGGAGAUGGGUAUAUAACGGUGGAUGAACUAAAGGCGGUUUUGUCAUCCUUGGGACUCAAGCAAGGAAAGACAUUGGAUGAUUGUAAGAAGAUGAUUAUGAAAGUGGAUGUUGAUGGUGAUGGUAGGGUUAAUUACAAGGAGUUUAGACAAAUGAUGAAAGGUGGUGGUUUUAGCGCUUUGAGCUAA